AUGAAUCACAUCGAAUACACCCUCAGUCGACUCUUCUUCAACUUCAAAGGCCGCGAUGCCAAACUCUUCACAAAAGCAUCCUCAUUUUCACAAUUUCCCUCCCCAACUAUCAAUCUGGAAUGUCAGCUCGGACCGUCGGGUACGCGCCUAGACGUAGACCAUUCUGCGGAUGGUGUGGGUCGAUUCCCAACACUCACUUGGCCAAUAUCACCCACGAUCAAGGAGUACCUGCUCAUCAGUGAAGACCCAGACGCACCUCUGCCCAACCCAGUCAUCCACGGGAUAUACUAUGGUAUCCCGGCUACCAUGACGGGUGUCACUGCUGAGGAUUUCGAGAGCGACGGAGAUGGAUUGAAGGGUGGAUUUUCAUACGGCCAGAACCGCAGGGGAAAUGUGUAUAUUCCUCCCAGGCCAUUGCUUGGCCACGGGCCUCAUCGGUAUUUUUUUACUCUUGUUGCGUUGUCUAAGCCGAUUGAAGGGGCUGCGUUUCAGGGUCGGCCUACGAUCAAGGAGGUGUUAGCUGAGAUUGAGGGGAAGGUUGUUGGGUGGGGUGAAUGGGUUGGUGUUUAUAAGAGGAAAUGGGAGUGA